AUGGAAUACAACUGCUCCUUGGUUACGGUUGUGGUUGUUUUUCUAUGCGGUUUUCGAGUCUGUUUUUCACUGACUAGUGAAGUGCAUGUGAAGAAUUUCAUCAGUUGGGAUGACAUAAAAGUGGAUGAACAUCAAACAAGGUUGAGUGACUCAAGAGUUAAUCAUAAUCGAAGCCGAGUUAUUGUAGUGAAUAAGAAUGGUGGAGCAGAUUCUCUCACUGUUCAAGGAGCAAUAGAUAUGAUUCCUGAAAAUAAUACUCGAAGAGUUAAGAUUUAUAUUCUUCCAGGAAUUUACAGGGAGAAAGUAACAGUGCCAAAAUGCAAGCCAUAUAUAUCCUUUGUUGGGAAUGCAGGUCAAAUGUCCAACACCAUAAUUUCUUGGAAUGACAAAGCAUCUGAUAAAGAUAGCAAUGGAAUUAACCUGGGAACAUAUAGAUCAGCAUCUGUCACCAUUGAAUCCGAUUACUUUUGUGCAACUGAUAUCACAUUUGAGAAUACAGUAGUUCAAACUCCUGGAGAACCUGGGAUGCAAGCUGUGGCCCUUAGGAUUUCAGGUGACAAGGCAAUGUUCUACAAGGUCAAGGUUGUUGGGACUCAGGACACACUCUUGGAUGAAAUUGGAUCACAUUACUUCUACCAGUGCCACAUUCAAGGCAGUGUUGACUUCAUCUUCGGUAAAUCCAGAUCACUCUAUCAGGAUUGCGUGAUUGAGUCCACUGCUGUAAGGUCUGGUGCAAUUGCAGCUCACCGCAGGGAUUCACCAGAUGAUGAUACAGGGUUUUCAUUUGUAAAUUGCAAAAUCAAUGGAACUGGUAGAAUUUACUUGGGAAGAGCUUGGGGAAACUAUUCAAGAGCCAUCUAUUCCAACUGUUACUUUGACAAUAUCAUAAAUCCUGCUGGAUGGACCGACUGGAAUGACCCCUUGAGGCAAAAGACCGUAGUAUUUGGGGAAUUCCAGUGCCGCGGAACAGGAGCAAAUACAACCGGCCGGGUGCCAUGGUCGAAGAAAUUAAGCUUUGAGGAAGCAAAACCAUUUCUGGACAUGAAAUUUAUAGAUGGACCACAGUGGCUGAGACUAUAA